AGCUCUCACCAGGUUUCACUCCAGCUUCUGCCUAAACCUUUCAUUCAAUUAUCACAAAAACAAUCUGAGCACACAUUAGUGCCAUUUGCUUGGUUAUUGUGUUACUCUUUACUAAAGCGUAAUGCCUCAGAGAAUUGUGAUCAAUUCCAAUGUGGAGGCCAAACCCACUGGCCAUUCGGACGUCGGAGGCUGUAUGUCCAGCGCGGUCGUACAGGGCCUGUUUUCGGAGCGUGCUGCUGUAUGGUUUGACUGCAGAGCAUACGAGAGAGCAGAAAGCCACUAUUAUAUGAGGCUUCAAGAGCGCCAAAAUGGGACCACAUCUGCUGCAAGCACCUCAAAUUCCCAGCGCGGCCAAGAAAAUUCUUUAACCAAGGCUAUCUUUGACCAAUCUCCUAAACGGCCUGAUUCAGUGACCACCCCUCGUUCCCUUCAGUUCACGCCUGAUAGCCCUUUAACCCCUACAUUGUGUGAUGAAGGAUACCUAUCACAAACCCCAACUCCUCUGACUCCUGCGUCAGCACCAAUUAAUGGCCUGCCUUUUGUGCCUGCGUUCCUCCAAGGGGUGUGGUUUCAGAAGCCUCUCUAUGACCGGGCAGAAGCAACUUUCUACCAGAACCUGUACCAUGUGAAUGAGCCUCAUACCACACCCGAUGGAGAGCAAGCAUGCCUCGGGCAUCCAGAUGCCGCUGUCAGUAACAAAGCCAAACCUGAUCAAACAAAAGAGAAGAAACCUGGCGAUGAUGGAGACAAGAAAGGAAGCAAUGAAUUAUGUCACUUCCUGCAUGCAGACAGCGAGAGGGUGUGGCUAGACCGCAGUCGAUAUGCGGAGGCGGAAGCUCGUUUCUACGAAGCCAUUAUGACCAAAACCAGCUGUAGCCUUUCACCGAAAAUGAGUUCAGUGGAGUGCUUGGCUCAGGAGAGGAUAUGGUUUGACAAGUGUCGCUAUGAUGAGGCUGAACGAAAGUUCUAUGAGAGGAUGAAUGGCCCCACACUACCUCCCCAGGACUCGGGGGCUAAUAGUAUUCUUCAGGACAUUGCUAGAGCACGAGAGAACAUCCAGAAGUCUCUUGCUGGAUUGAAGACGACCUUGCAGCCAACUACAGGCUCUGCCCAUAAAUCCCCAACCCCUUCUCACAGCCUCACUACGGCAGGAGGCAGUAGUGCUGAACACGGGGAACUUCUUACACGCAUGAAGACACUGGAACUGGAGAACCAGAGUCUACAGAAAAUUGUGGAGGGGUUGCGUUCUGCUCUGUCUAGCCUGGAGAGUCGGGUCUCAGUCCUGGAAAAAAGACCAGCAACCCCAGCAGCAGUGGUUAAUGGAAUUGCUUCUUCUACUGCUCCUCCUACGCAGAAAACACCUCCUGCGCCAGCAGAAGACGAGGAUGACGAUAUAGACCUGUUCGGCAGCGAUGAUGAGGUGGACGAAGAGGCCGAGCGUCUCAAGGAGCAACGGCUCCAGGAAUAUGCAGCCAAAAAGGCCAAAAAACCUGCACUCAUCGCCAAAUCUUCCAUCCUGUUGGACGUCAAGCCUUGGGAUGACGAGACAGACAUGGCAAAGAUGGAGGAGUGUGUGAGGUCGAUCCAGGUCGACGGGUUGCUCUGGGGUGCCUCCAAACUGGUACCGGUUGGUUACGGUAUUAAGAAGCUGCAGAUCAACUGUGUGGUUGAGGACGACAAGGUGGGAACAGACCUACUGGAGGAGGAGAUCACUAAGUUUGAAGACUAUGUCCAAAGUGUGGAUGUAGCAGCUUUCAAUAAGAUUUAAAGCACUAACAUACUUCACUCGUUCUCAUCUGCACUACACAUGAUGAAAUAACAUUUGACAAUAAAAAGCCCUGACUUUA